AAUGAUAUUUUUCGGUAAACAAGUUCAUUAUCCUGUCACUGAGACCCAGAAAUUAAGGAUUUUACUAUUUGACUUAUCAAAGUUUGAAGUUUGACCCUGCGGGCAGUUUCAAAUAUUGCUUUGGGAGCGAGUUUUGAGGUUGUUUAGAGAAUGAACACAGGUAGGCUUGUAGAAGUCAAAAGCAAGGUAAUUCAAUUCAACACGAGAAUAAUUCCCAUUAAAGUUUGGUGCCGAGUUCCGGCGAUUCAGUUUCAUGGCAGAGGAUACACUACAAUACAACGCUUUCUAUUCCCUACUUGAACGUAUUCAUAUGUUGUUCAACAUCCCUUUUGUUAUUCAGUAUGUCGAGCCAAAAAAUGCAGAUUUACUACCGAUAAGUAAUAACAAGAAUUUCGAGUUGGCUGUAAAUUCUUCGAAGCCUUUACUUAGGAUUUUACUUCAGCGAAAAGGUGAGAGUUACGGAGAAAUUUACGGAUACAAAACUUCUAAACACGGUCUUAUACAUCGAGGAGCUGCUGACACUCUUCGGAACUUUGGUGGCAGUGAAAAACAUCGUCGAUCUGAAAAACCCACUAUAAGUGUUAUGAGUGACUUCCACUUGGUCUCAUCGAUAUUGGAUGUCGACAUUAUACCAUGGACAUUAAGACGUGUAAGCCUGAUCCGUUCACCUGGUAAACAAUUUGGUUUAAACAUUCGUACUGGUGCAAUUCAAUAUUAUACUAAAAAUGGUUAUGAAACUAUUCCAGCCUUUUUUAUAUCACGUCUAGCUGAAGAUGGUAUUGCUUAUAAUACUGGUUUAUUAGCUGUUAAUGAUGAAAUUAUUGAAGUUAAUGGUAUUGAAGUUUAUGGUAAAUCAUUAGAUCAAGUUAAUGAUAUGAUGGUUGCUAAUAGUUCAAAUUUAAUUAUUACAAUUCGACCAGCUGAUCAAAGUAUGUGUUUAAUUCCAAGAGAAAUAUCACGUUCACGUUUUUCACAAAGUUCUGAUUUAUUAUAUGGUCCAAGAAAAAAUAUUUCCAUAACUGAACUUAGUUCACCAUUAUUAUUAUCAUCAUCAUCAUCAACGGCGAUGACAACGACGACAAUCACAAAUUAUACUCAAUCUCAAUCACAAUAUAUUCCAUCUCAAUUAUUGUCAUCAUCAUCAUCUCAUCCAUUAACUAAAACAAAUAAAUUUAAUGGUGAUUCAACAACCAUUCAAAUUAAUGAAGAAAUUGAAAGUGAUGAUGAUAUGAAUGUUGGAUUAAUUACAAUAUAAAUAUAUAAUUAGGCUUAUUUAAUUUAAUUAUUCUGUUAUUACACAUAUACAUAUAUUCCUAUUCUAUUCAUUUCAUAUCAAUUUUUAUACAAGGUAAUGAAAAAAAUUUUUUUCGUUUUUCUUUUUUUUUUCUAUGUAAAGUAAAUAGAUUUUGUGUAGUAUCUAUGGGAUUGGUUACAGUUAAGCCGGGUUUUUUUGUGUUUUUCUUUUUAUAGAGAAAAGUAAAUAUAUAUAAAGUAUUACGUAAGGGGGAAACAUAUCAGCCAUAUAUAUAUAUAAUUUGUAACCAUCUAUUCAAAUAUUGAAUAUACCUCUUUUGCUCUUUCAUUCCAUUGUAUGAUUACGUAACCGUUUAUUGGUUUGUUUAAUGUUUUGUUUUUCUUUGUGUUUUUCCGUUGUUAUCUCUGUUCCCCUUACAUGAAUAAACACCUCCCACACACGCACACACACAUACACACCCCUUCAAACAUACAAUUCAAGCUCAUACAUGUAAACUGUUUUAUAUCAAUGUUAUUCAUUUGUUUAUUUAUUUUUUCUUUUGGAUAUUUCUUUUAUGGAUAGUACAAAGUAUAUUGUGUGUGUGUGCCCUGGUUACUAUUCUGAUUAUGAACAUAAGUUUUCUUUUUUUUUUGCUUUUUUUUCACUGUUUGUUUUUCAAUGACUCUUAUUAUACCUACACAUAUCAGUAAAAGAAAAUUGCUCAAUCUAUUCAUAAUUGCACAUUCUAUUUGCUUUAUGUAAUUUAAAUAUUUACUUUUUUCAGAAAUUUAAAAAAAGAAGGAAAUUUGGUAAUGUCCAUAUUGUAUUUUGUUUUUGUUUCAAGUUGUAUUGCUUAAAGUGUUGUUUUUUUUAGUGUAAGGUAGCUUUGGUAAAGAUUGUUUACUCAUAUAUAUUGGUUAAACAAGAAUGUCCACUUUCCCUAAAUGCCCUGGUACGGCCGAGAGUCGGAAGAGUCCGUACUCUCUAUCGAAAUGCUCUCACAUGGCCGCGCGUAUAUAGCCUCUGACAGGGAAGUC